AUGAACGCGGUGUGGCUCUCGAGCCUGGAGCGCGACCUCAUGGUGGCUCAGAGCCAGCCUGACCUCCGGCCACGAACGUCGGCGGGCGAGGCGCCGCGUCUCCGGAAAGGCGUAAGCACCAAGCAGCUGCGGCCUCUCUCGGUCUCCAAGGACGACGAAACACGCAUGCGCAAGAAGAAGCUCGACGACGGCGAGGCGUGCUGGCGCGCAUGGUGCGACGAGAAGAACGAGCGCAUUAGAGAAGAGAAGGCCAAGGAACGCGCCAAGGUGCGCGAGGCCGAGCAAGCCGAGCUCAAAAAAGCCAAGCUCAAAGCGCAGAGUGAAGCGUCGUUUGACGAAUGGAAGCGCGUCAAAUCGCAAGAGCGUGCAGCCCGAAGCGAAGCACUCGCCAGAGACCAAGCGGCCCAACGCGAGCUCGUCAAGCAGGUCGAAACCAUUCGGCUGGCGAACGUUCAGAGCCACCUCGAGGCCAUCGAGCGUGUCAAGCUCCUCACCGCCAAGCGCCGCGCUGCAACGCCGUCCAUGAAGAAGCGCAAGAAGAAGUCGCCGCCCGUGUUUCUCCACCCGAGCUUGCCCGUCGCAUAUAUUGCAAACCAAGAUGAGAUUGCGACGCGCAUGGACAACCUCGUUGCUUCGCUCUCGGCGACCCCCGAGAUUGAGAGCCACCAGGCUACGAUGGAAAGCCAGCGCUACAUGACCCAGCUGCACAGCCAGAGCGCGUACCGUGCCGACUCGCUCCAGCAACUGCGCUUCUGGGUCAAACCCACGCCCGAGAUUUACAUUCUUGCCUCGGUGCUCUACAAGAUUGUCGCGCUCGAGACGCCGUCGACGGUCCAGCUCGUGGACCGCUGGCGCUGGCUGCCAUGGACGAUUGUGCGAAGCGUCUUUCAAGACUCGCUCGUCGAGACGCUCCAAGCCGUCACGAUCGCGGACCUCGACCCUCGGUCGCUCGCACUGCUUUAUUUGCAUUGCGGCCAAGCCACGUUUUCGAUGGCCGCGAUCGAACGACGGUCCGUCGUUGGGGCCGCGCUACGCAUGUGGGUACACAACGUCGCCGCAGUCCACGAGCUCGUGCAUCCAAGCUCGCAAGCGAUCCGGUCCAUCGACCAGCUCAAGCUGCAUAGUGUGAGUCUCCACGACAUUGCCCACGUUGUCCUUCUCUUGCACGUAUACCCGUACGUCAACGUGGCGCUCAAGUGCCACCACGUCAAGCAAAGUGUCAAGCAAGCGCGACUUCGCGAUGGCGACCUCUCGUUGCUGCGAGAGCUGUACGCGAUGCCCGAGCCAGCACCGCAUGUGGCUAUCGUUGAAGUUCCGCCGCCGAUACUCGAGCAGCCCGAUCCAUUUGCGCACUUUAUGGAGUUUGAGGCGCUACAGCCAGCACCAAAGCCAGUGCCCGAGGCACCAGCGCGGUCCAAGCUCGCGGCUCGGCUCGCCGCGCGGCUUCAAGAGCACCGCGAUCUCGUGCAUGAACAGCGCUCAACGCGCGAGCGGCGAGAGCAACCGAACGACGACGACCUCGAGAAUGACUUUGUCGUGGUGUACAAACUCGCGCUGCCCAAGACGGAGGACCCGACGACGCUCAACGUCAUCAACUACCUCUCGGUCAAGCGACGCGACUCGCUGAGCCAACGGUCGCAGCCGUGGGAUCCCACCGAGGCACGCAAGUCGGUCACGCUACGCAAGCCGUCGACCAAGAUGGUGCCACCGGUCUCGAGCAAAACGUCAACCAAGAGCCCGCUGCGACCGCGCGCCAAGCCCGCGCCGAUUCCAGAAGAGCGAGCAUCGUCUGCCAAAAGUAAGGCGCGCACCACCAAGCAGGACGACGACGUGCUCUUCUUCAACGACGGCUGCGCAGUCCAACGACCGCAUUCGGGUCGCACCAGUGAGACCCACGACGAACAAAGUCAAGACCUCGAUGCGCCGCCACUGGCUCAAGUUGUCAGUUGGAACCUGGAACGGCCUCGCAUCGACGAGCCACCUUCUCGCGCCGAGACGCCAAGCGUAGACAGAACAUCAGCAUCUCGAGACGCGACACCGCGCACCAUCUCUCCCAUGUCAACGCCAAGAGUCAUGCCAUUGUCGCUGGACUCGAAGCACUCGGCACUCCACGACGCGGAGCAAGAAGCCUUUCUUGACGCUCCACCGUCACGCGACAGCCACUCUCAUGGCGCUUUGGACGCAUAUGCAAGCCUCGACGAUACCCGAUAUGCGCGUGCGGACGCCAAUAUCGACAACGACACUGCAAUCAUCUGGAAUGGGCUGGCUGAAACCAGCGACGACACGGCCAGAAGCAACCAAGGCACGACUCAAAGCAACCAUGACACGGCCAGAAGCAGUAGCGACAGCGUCACGGAGCACGUGUCAGCACCCGUUCCCGCAGCGUCCCCCGACCCACCGCCGGCAGACGUGCUAGUGUCCGAAGAGGCACUGCUCCCAGACACUCCUCGCUCCGAGGGCGCAUGGGACGACAACGAGUCGUACGAAGCCGAUGAAGCGAUAGACCAAGACCAAGGCGUGUACGCUGGCGACGACGAGUUCCUCUCCGACACGGACGCCUAGGAGAUGCGAAGUGUGCGUGUGCAUAACAUAUAUUUAACCGCUU